AUCUGUUCCUUGGUGAAUGAAGAGGGCGAACAGGAGUGAAACCGUGAAAGUGAUUGUCGAGUUUCACUUCUCAUCCUUCCAAAAAUACUCUAAAAUCAUGAAUGAAUUCGAUUCAAUGACACGUGGCAAUGAUGGUUUACUUCGCCAAAAAAACCAAAGCAUUUCGCGUUUUCGAAAUAAAUGCAUCAAACGGUCACUCAUCACAUUCAUCAAGAAAUCGUUGAUUUGCGCGGCAUCGAUCAUCAUCAUCACUCGCAUCAUCGAAAUGCUCGCUUCUCGAAAAAAUCUACCGUAUUUCCACACGAAGGAGUCACUAAAUGAACGUUUCUUCAAAGUUCAUGAAUUACCCAAGCCAAAUCCUGUCGACAUUCUUCCGAAUCAAAUCAUGCUGUUCGAUCAUUCCGGAAAAUUGGAAUUGAGUGCUGUAACGGCGUGUGUUUUGGAAUCACUGGCUUUCAACAAUUUCAACCGAGACGUUUACUUAUUCUUGGACCAAAGCACAGUCACUUGGAAGCGCAUCUACGCCGAUAUUCUCCUGUCCAUGCCAAAUUUCAAAGUGCUCCGAGCUCCGGACACAGACUUUCUCGCACAGGUUGCAGAUGAGGAUUUCCGGAGACUCAUCGACCAUCAUCAUAGACAAGGAUUCCAUCUCACGGCCAAAAUUCGCGACUGGGCCAUUCUGCACGAAUUCGGCGGCAUUAUGACUUCAAUCGACCUCAUUGCUCACCGCCAAUUCGAGUGGAACAUGCGGAAUUUCAUAGUUUGCAGGGAGUCGAACGGCACUUGCCAACUGGCCCCGGCAUCCGCAACAGGAUUUUUGCGCAGACACGAAUUACUUCGCUUCAUGAUUGAAUCUGCACUACAAGUCACCGACUCUGAAAGCAAUGCCAACUGGCAGAUGGACCGGUUACUCGUGGACGCGUGUCAGCAACACGAAUUACUUCGCUUCAUGAUUGAAUCUGCACUACAAGUCACCGACUCUGAAAGCAAUGCCAACUGGCAGAUGGACCGGUUACUCGUGGACGCGUGUCAGCAACAAGUGAACGCAGGGAAGUUUGAUUCGAUGGAAAACUGCACAAAAGCCUUAGACGUUUCCGUGGUGUUCGAAUCCCGACUUGUGGUAAACGUCGAUGACGGAAACCGGAAAGAAUAUUUCAAUGACGAAAGGGCAGAGAAGACGUUAUCGGAUCUUGCAGAGUCUGGAGCGUAUUUCCUAACGUGUUCGCAUAAAAGAUGCAAGCAGGAAGAAUGGACAAUCGUCGAAGGAUGCCACGCUUUGGGCAGAUUCAUGCAAGUCUCUUGUCCCAAAGUCAAAUUCGCCUUGGAACUAGAACGACUUUGCAGAGACCCUUGGGGCAUUUUCGGGCGAUACGUUCCCAUUGAAGUUCUACCAUUUUGUCAGACUUAAGAGAAGAUACUCAUUCCGAACUCCGCUUGGUGUCUUCAAAAAAAAACUUUUCGAGGCUAGAAUAAAAAUGGGGGACC